UUCCUCAAAUUUGGCGAUUUCGAUGGUGUAACAAGCUUUUUAAUUGUUGCUUGGAUUUGGGGUUCAAGUGAAAUGAUCCUUCGAAAUCAAGGAAACCCAGAUUGUUUGAGCAACCCAAGAGACUUGUUGAGCUGAUCAUAUUCAUAUUAAUGGCUUCUCCUCCAAAUGAUAGUUCUUAGCUAGAGACUUGUAGCUCAGCUUCAGAGACAGGUCAAUCAGUCUCAAUAAGGCCAGAGAUCACUAGGCUUUUCAGCUGAAAUUGAUGGUCUUGUUGUUAGUUGAGCGGUUUGUGUGAUUGGGUGUGUGGUAUAGCUCCCUAAAUUACACCAUGUUCAAGUUCAAUCUCUAUGUGAUAUAAAAACUUAUGAUAUCAUAUUCAUGAACGCCAUGGAUUAAUUUAUAGAAGCUUAAGGGUGGUAGCUGAAACGGUUCAAGACCAGAAGAGUUUGUGAACAGGAGAGGAGGAGGGAUGGAUGGGGUGGCCAAGGAGGAGUCAUUGCCUCCGGGAUUCAGGUUUCAUCCCACUGACGAAGAACUCAUCACUUACUAUCUCACCCACAAGAUAUCUGAUGCCAAUUUCACUGGGAGAGCAAUUGCAGAUGUUGAUCUCAACAAAUGCGAACCGUGGGAUCUCCCAGGGAAGGCAAAGAUGGGAGAGAAAGAGUGGUACUUCUUCAGCCUUCGAGAUCGAAAAUACCCAACUGGAGUACGCACAAACCGUGCAACGAAUGCUGGAUACUGGAAAACAACUGGGAAAGACAAAGAGAUCUUUAACUCUAUUACUUCAGAGUUGGUUGGAAUGAAGAAGACAUUGGUUUUCUAUAAAGGAAGAGCUCCCAGAGGAGAGAAAACCAACUGGGUCAUGCAUGAAUACCGACUCCAUUCCAAAACCAUCUUCAGAACUGCCAAGGAUGAAUGGGUGGUCUGCCGAGUCUUCCAAAAGAGUGCUGCCGGUGGCAAGAAGUAUCUCCCCAACCAGACAAGAUCAAAUCCUUAUAACCUCGAAAUCAGCCAAAGCGGCGUGGCACCCAUCAUGCAGGCCGACACAUGUCACUUCCCGGUUGGAAGAAACUAUUUAGGUAAUGCUGACUUGGCAGAACUUUCAAGGGUCCUACGUGGCACACCAAAUGGUAAUAUACCAAUCCAGUCACAGCUAAACUAUCCAGGUAGCUGCUAUACAAUUUCAGGGUUAAAUUUGAACAUUGGAGCUCCAACACAACCAGCAGUUUGGAGGACAGUGACACCAGUCUUGAAUCAACAAUCCAUAACCACAGAUGCAUCUUCGUCCCUGUUAACCAAUUGCAUGCUUUCAUCAACUGAUGCUGGUUUUAGUGUAGACAUGAAUGCAGCUGGUAACAAUAGGUUCCAACAUAUGGACCCAGGUGUGGAACUUGAAAACUGCUGGCCUCCCUACUAAGAGAGAGGGGGUAUACUUGAAGCUCAUUAAAUGGUAUAGUAUAUAUAAUUCAAUAUAGUAGUUGAAGCUUUUCUUUUCUUUUCUUUUCUUUUCUUAUUCAUAAAAUAUAUACAGUUUGAUGCAAAGUUGUUUUAUGGUUAUUAAUUAAUUUUACGUCCCCAAUUUUAAGUGGGUAAUGAAAAAUAUGUUUCUCCAAGAUUUUU